UCGAGAGCAUCGAAGACCUCGCCGUCGCCGCGACACACGAGUUUGGAGUCACCUCAGUACUCAGGGGCAGCCUGGGCGAGCUAUAUUGUUCUCGGAUCGAGACCUUCGCUGACGCUCGACCGACCCGUUGAAAACGAUCAGCUUGGCUGAUGCACUUCCUCAACGCCAUCAACGACUGCAAUUUGCCGAGCGACCGGAUUUCCAACUUUUACUUCAUUCAUCUUCCACUUUGGGAAGGGGGUCGGGACGCUCGGCGCGCGGGAUGCGUUCACGGCAAAUCUCGGCAAAGGUACGGUGCAUUUGGGCGGUCCAAAUUGCUUCGGCAAGUUGUUGGCGUAAGGUGGCAAUAGUGCUAAGGUCAUCAUGGAGGGCGUCGGACCAUUUGGCAAAGUCUUCGGCGGCUUCGGACGCGUCGGCGGGCGGAUGAAAGACCUCGGCAGUCCUGCGGCGCUUCGUUGGACGCUCCUCGGCGGCCUCGCGGAUCUCCUCGGCGAGCUCGGGAUGAGCUUGGCGGAAAGCGGCAGGCACGGAAUUCAGCUUGAGAUCGGUCUUUGGCGGGUGCCACUCAUGCUCAGGAAACUCGUCAAGCAUGACGGUGUACACCCUGGCGAGCAAGGAGCCCCUGGCAUAGCCCGGAUCCCUCUUAUCCCCGUUGCACCUGCUCUUGGCCUCCAUGCAGCCAGUACACUUGCUAUCCUUUUUAGGAAUAUUGCAGGCUACGGCGACCUCGCCGAGGGAGCCAGCCGAGGCAAGCUUGGUAUCGAGACCACUGUCGACUCAUCCAAUACCACUCAACGGCGGCUUGUGCCCUUCACGGAGGAAAGCGACUCUGUCAAGCAGAUCACGAAUGUCGUUGGUGUCCCCUGCAACUCGACGGGCAACAACUACUCCUACUAUCCGCAAAAUCAAGAUGGCUUUGGAAAAAAUACGCCACUCAAAGUCAGAUUGCCCGAUUAUGACGAGUCUUACGUUCACAUGUGCCUGGGCAUCGGUAGCUCGGGCUUUGAGGGUCCUCCCAAAACCUACUACAACGGCAGCUUUGUCAGCGGAGCCUACCCCUUGUCCGUCCAGCCUUGCGGCAAUACCGACUUCCAGCACGAUGCUCUGACCAACGCCCAAUUCUUCCAGGCUGAGUUCAAAUUCAACAUCGUCGUCUCGGCCACGGGCAAGCAACCAGCGGACCAGCAGAACCCGCCGUCGUGGUACAUGUCCAACCAUGGAGGCAACAUCACCAUCCAGCCGUACGAUACAAAGCCAAAGGACGAAGACGAAGAGACGUACGGACUCAGUUUGCUCAUUUAAAAGCCAGUACCUUUUCAC